CUGGUGUUUCGAGGGCCAACCUUAAAUUGCCAUCUGACUUCUGUCAGAAAAAGGACGAGAGUUUGCCGUGGGUGUCGCAGAGUGGCAGUGCGCAGGCGCAGAGACAGAAAACUGACGGCUAGCGCACGUUACAGCAGCAUGUCUCUGCGCUUUGGCUCUGGCCUUGAUAUGCAGCAAUCACCAUCCAUGGUUGUGCUAAAUGCCCCUAUAGGUAUGAGAAACCUUGGGACUGACGUGACCCCUGAACAUACUAAAGUAACGACGGCGGCCUGCCAGCCCGUCAUGAUGGCACCUACCCUUGGGUAUAACACAAGGUAGUAUUCCCUCAACAAAAGUCCUGCCUGGUUGGAACAUUACAAUAAAUAUAUGUUGCUGCAAUUCCAAGUCUGAGCAGAAAGAUGGAUCGAU